AUGGCAAAAAGACAUAAGCACUACGAUAACAGACAUAAAAAGAGCAAGAAGAAGAGUGGUGGCAAACCCAGUGGUAAGGUUAAAAGUACUGCUUCACAUGGGAAGAAGAAAACGACUGCCGGUAGAGGUGAUGGUAGUUGGGUAGAUUCUUCUGUACCUGGAGGCUCGGUUGACUUUGGAAUGAACUUCGAUAAAUCAGUACAGAAUCACUACUUUGGGAAUUCUAAAAAUAAAAAUAGACACAACAGACUGAGGGACGGUGUUUUCAGACCUGGUUAUAACAGAGACUCUGAGGACUCUUAUUUUGAGAACUCGUCUUUCAGAAAGAGACCUAUGGUUUUUGUUAAGUCUGACUGCGAUUGGAAUUCUGCAGAUGCCAAAUUGAAACGUUUAAUUAAAAUCAAUAACAAAAAAACAAAAAAUAAUUUUAAAGACUUAUAUGAAUCUGACGAGUUAGAAAACUCUAGUGAAAAUGAUUUAACUGAAGAUAUACAGCUAGACAACAAUCAUGCGAAAACUGUUGUAUCACAUGAAGAAACGAGUGACAGCGAAGACAUUCUUGAAGGGCAAAUUUCGAUCGAAGAUGUCGCGGAUACUGAGCCUGAGACUUCUGAUAAUAAUGAUAUUCAACAGCUAGACAAUGAUGACUUAUACUUUGUCGAUGACGAUCCCGAACCAAUGCAAAAACCAGUGAAGUCAGUUCAUGUCGAAGAACCUGUUUUUUCCAAGACUCCAUCGGCUCCCUUAGCUGUUUCUUUUGAUCCAAUAUUAACAGUUGGUAAAGUUGAGUUGAAAGUCAGUGAGAAUGAGGACUCCGGCAAGGUAACCACCGAUAUCCAUCCAGCCAAGGCUUACCAUCCCUUUAGAGACUAUAUUUCUAAUGUCAUGGAUAAUAUGGAGACAAUGUUCAGUGACGAAGACGAAUUUAUGGAAGAUGAUAUGGAUUACGAAAUUAUGUAUGAUGAAAUGAAAUCCCAACAGGAGUCCUCUGUGUUUUCACAAGCAAAAGACAUAGUGACAAACAUAGAGAACCUGAAUAUUUCUGAAUCAACCAAUAGUAUCAAUAAUAGGGUCAAGGAAGAAAUUAUAGAAGGGGAAACAGAAGAGAUUAUAGAAGUGAAGAAAGAACCUGAAUAUCCAGAAUUUGGAUUCUGUGAAGAAGAUUUUGCGGUCAACACAAGCGACCUUACCGUUAGCAAUAUACGAUUUGGAGCCCAAUCCAAUUCUUACUAUUUUCAAGCAUACAAACUAUUUGGUGAUUAUGAUUCUCGAUGGGCAGACCAGGAUAUUCUGGUCGACUUUAUUCUUGAAACAAUGGGCCUUCCGGAACAUAGGCUAAAUGCCUUUUUAGAUUAUAUAAGAAAUUGUGUAGUACCUGAUGAGGAACCUUCAGAGCCAAACUUUGAUGAUAUGCCUUUUUCAGACACCAGCGAAGAAGAAGAAUCCGAUGACAGUGACAAUGAAGAGUUGACUGAUGACCGAUUAGAAGGCGUAGACGAUCUAGUGUAUUAUUCUAUGAAGUAUGGGAAUCAACGUAAUAUUGAGUAUGAGACAAAAAGUAUACAGACAACAGGCAAGGGAACGAAGAAAAAACUGUUGAUCAGAGACGAUAUGGCGAUGGACAAUGAGACGAUCAAUGAAUUACAAAGUAAGUUAUGCACUAGACUUUCGAACAAAGCAAAGAAGAAGAAAUCAAAACUAGAUUUCAUCGAACAAGAGCAUGCGAUUUCCGAGGAUCUGUAUAAAAAAUAUCCGUUGGGCCUUCACAUAUUAAACAUCAAGGAUGAAUUUGAUAACUACUACAACGAUAAGAACAAGAAAUCGCUGAUUUUCCCUCCUCUAGAUCCGCAUGGCAAUAAGACAAUUCGCAACAUUGCCAAAUACUAUUCCAUGAAGACCACAAAGAUUGGUAGCGGUCGGAAUGUGCAUAUGGCAGUGCAAAAACUCAAGAUCACUUAUCGAAGAACUCCAAAUUACAAUAUAAUCAACAACAUCACAGAGCAACGGCCUAUAUUCUUGCGGUUCGACGUCGAUAAACCGCAAAAGGAGCAUAAACGCACGGAGACGAUCCGUUUAUCGAAGUUCCGGAAAGCCCAUGGUGUCAAACAGGGCAACUUCACAGUGAAGGAAGGCGAACUGGUGGGCGAGCAUGCACCAGAACUAGGUCACGACAACAUUGGUAUGCGCAUGCUAAUGAAGCUUGGGUGGAACAAAGGCGAAGGUCUAGGAACCAUGGGCCUGGGCAUCUCCGAGCCCGUUCUUGCGACGGUCAAGACCUCCAAGAAAGGUCUUGGACACCAGGACGCCAGCACCAACAGCGCCCGAAGCAUCGGCACCGACUGA